UUACUCAACACAGACCUGAUAAAGAAAACUUUUGUGAAAUACAGAAAGAAAAGGAAAAAAAGGGGAACCAAGUAGGCCCUGCAAAGUAAACAGUCAGUUUGAAAACUUCGAAACCAACAGUUCACAUUCACUCCUCCGUUUGAUCGACAAGCUAAAGUAUAAUUUAACCGGAAAAAAGGAACAGCAAGUGCGAGAAAGAAAGACCACAAUGGCAGAUACUGCGAGUCACAUCCACGACCGUUUCCAGACGUUUAUGAACGGCCUCGGGGACCGUUAUGAGCCCUAUGUGCGCCAGCACCUGUCCAAGGUAUACAUGGUCCUGGGCAGCACUGCCGCCGCCACGGCCAUGGGAGCCCUGCUCCAGAUGCGCGACUUCCUCGAUCUCGGAGUUCUGGCGGCGGUGGCCACUCUGAUCCUGGUCCUGGGCCUGCACUUCUACAAGGAUGACGGCAAAAACUACUACACACGAUUGAGCAUGCUCUAUGCCUUUGGCUUCUGCUCUGGACAGACCCUGGGACCGCUCCUCGGCUACAUAUGCAGCAUCAAUCCGGCCAUCAUCCUGUCGGCUUUCACCGGCACCUUCGUCACCUUCAUCUCGCUUUCCCUGGCUGCUCUGCUGGCCGAGCAGGGCAAGUACCUUUACUUGGGCGGGAUGCUGGUCAGCGUCAUAAACACCAUGGCUCUUCUGAGUCUCUUCAACAUGGUCUUCAAAUCCUAUUUUGUCCAAGUGACUCAACUCUACGUCGGUGUUUUCGUGAUGGCUGCCUUCAUCGUGUACGACACGCAGAACAUAGUAGAGAAGUGCCGGAAUGGAAACCGGGAUGUGGUGCAACACGCUCUAGAUCUGUUCUUCGAUGUGCUCAGCAUGUUCCGCCGUUUGCUGAUCAUCCUGACGCAAAAGGAGGAGCGAAAACAGAACGAACGUCGCAAGAGAAACUAAAUCAAGCUUUAAUAACAUUACCAACCCCCAAGACAUGAACAUCUGACAAACAAUGGGGAGGUUUAACGUUUUCUCUUUCUAAAAAUUUAUUAGCAUACAAAAUAAACAAUGCCGUGUACAUUUGGCUUUCAAUUUAAAUACAAAUGUUCCAUAUAAAACCCAGGCAAAUUCCCCAUUUAAUAAAAACAACAAAAAGUCA